AUGAGGUCUUCUACAAUAUAUAACUUGCUCAUCUUUAUCAUCUUAACAUACCCAAUUGCUUCAACAGCGUUUGCAUGUCCGUUUACAGCAAAAUGGAAUGUUAGCGUUAUUAGUGUUGUCCCUAAAGAUCUUGUUGUUCACAUCAAAUCAGGAGAUGAUGAUCUUGGGAAUCAUACCAUUCCAUUCGUUGGAAAUUAUAGUUGGUCUUUUUGUGAAAUGUUAGGUGAUCACAUUCUUUUUUACGGUUACUUCUGGUGGGGUUCAAAAUUUCAGAACUUAUAUUUGUUUGACGAAGCCAUUUCUGACAAAUUCAUUUCAAAUGUGGAUACUGAACAUUGUUACUGGUUUGUAAAACCUGUGGGGUUUUAUGUAAGUAAUCUUCCAAGCGGAGGUGGGGAGUUCAUUAAAGGUUGGGACUAA